GCCAUGCGUGUAUCGUACAGACAACGGACCCAAUGCGGAAAUGAAUUCGACUAACAAGAAUUCUUAACAUUGACGGCCUAUAAACAACACAGCACCGGAGACAUUUCACAAAUACCGAUUGAAUCAAUACAUUGUGUUCACAUUUUACCACUGUCCUUCAAAUCUACUCCACAUAUCGUCUGCAACGUCCCGCCAGUGACAAGAAAAACAAUGGCUUCCAGGUCGCCUUCUUCCUCUCCGGACACUGCGACAGGUUCAGGUACAGACCCUGCCCGGCCUGACACUGGGGAGCCCCUCGGUGGAGCAGGAUCGGACUCCGACUCGGACUUGGGUUUAUGUAAAUUUGACUGCUGCGGCAUGGAAAGUGGUGACCGCCUGGAGGGCGAUGAGUUGGUGCGAGAGUUCGAGUCUGCUGCCGACCGUGUUGCAGAUCUGGUCCAAACAGCCAGUAGGGACCAGCUACUAUAUCUGUAUGCGCGGUACAAACAGGUCAAAAUGGGGAAAUGUAAUACACCAAAGCCAGGAUUUUUCGACUUCGAAGGUCAGAGGAAAUGGCAAGCCUGGAAGCAACUUGGGGACAUGGAGGCAGAGCAGGCAAUGCACGAAUACAUUUCCUGUGUGAACGUGUUAGACCCUGAAGGCAGCCGGAGGUAUAGCCGAGGAGCAGAGAGGAGAACGGGAUUCGGUGGAGCAGCGGUCAGCUCACUGUACCAAGAGGAGACAAUCAGGGAAGAAGAUAAGAACAUAUUUGAUUACUGCAGAGAAAACAACAUAGAGCACAUUACCAACGCCAUCAGUUCCCAGAAAGUGGACGUCAACACGAAAGACGAAGAGGGCCGAGCUCUCCUGCACUGGGCCUGCGACAGAGGCCACAAGGAGCUGGUUUCUGUUCUCUUGCAACACAAAGCUGACAUCAACAGCCAGGAUAAUGAAGGACAAACGGCGCUACAUUAUGCAUCUGCGUGCGAGUUUGGCGACAUCGUGGAGCUCCUGCUGAACGCGGGCGCAGACCCGUCCAUCAAAGACAUGGAGGGCUCGCUUCCUGAGGAGGUCACUGCUUCCGGCACCAUCUCCUCUCUGCUGCGCCAGUACACCUCUCCCAAAGGCUAGAGCACCUGCACCGUACCUUCCCUCAACUCCAGAACCCACUCCCCUCCCCAUGUGUCUACUCAUCACCCCAAGACUUCCCAGCAUCCCUCACUUCUCCUGGAGAGAAACUGUUUAAGCCCAGCAGUUUGUGUUCAGUUUGGGUUUUCUCCCAAAUGUUUGAGGUUAGUUGGCUUUGCCGUGCUUUUUUCUUCACUUAAAACAGUGUACAGCCUACUGGAGUCUUCUACCUACAUCGCCCACAAGAGUUGGCUGACAUGGUCCUGGAUCCAAGAUUAUUUUUUUGUAUUUGGUAUUUAAAUCAUUAGAGGAGGCAAAAGACUGACAUUUUAUCCAAUUUAUAUUCCACAACAACUUUAGCAGUUUCUGCCCGUUUUUGCAGACGUGCUACAUUCCAUAGAAUGCUUUAAUAAUUGUCUGUCAUUAAUUACUAUUAAAUCCUUUAGUUCAAGCUCUCAUUUGUACUCCUGAUUAGUUCUUAACCAAUUCAUUACAACAUUGUUGAGCUUCAGAACCAAUUCAGAAAUUCAGUUCCGGCAUGCGACCAAUGCAAAACUUAAAAAAAUAUAUACGCACUGGCCUAAACAUUUUGCUUAAGACUUAAUGGCUAAUUUACAUAGCACCGCCCUCACUCCGAUUACCUCCACCCAUGACGUAGAAGCUCACAGAGCACAGAUCCACCAUUGUAUUUUCUCUCGAGUGACUACCUACAUGGAACCACUAUCCUAUUAAAGCCAAGAGCUAAGCAAAGCUGCGAUGUUGUGGAUGCACAUAUCAUCACAUGAUCCUUGGGGCAUUUUGACCGAUGCUUGAAUACUAUGUCUCCUUUAUGUGUUUAACCCAAAAAUAUUAUCUGAACGCAAUUACACUUGACUGCUUAUAAAACGUCUGGCUUUACAAAACAAUAAUGAUCAGUCCAUCCCAUAUACUGUAAAUAAUAAGAGAACCACCAAAGCAAGCUGCAAAUCAUAAAAAUAAACAUCGUAAAACCAUAAAACUAGAUUGAAAACUAGAUUGAAGACCCAUAAAACCAACACAUGAAUAUUGCAGUGACUGGUAUUACAUUCCAAAUAAAAGAUAUGUUAUUACAUCUACAAUGUUGGAUUUGUUGAUCAGUGAUGAUUAUUCUAUACAUCUAACCUGUUAAUGUCAUGUCAUGUAAGAGACAUCCAGAUGUUCUCCAGAGAUAACCAGCACAUGGUGCGAGUCCAAAUCUACUUUACUCGUGUCAAGCCGCUCAAACACACACACACACACACACACACACAGUGACAGAUGAGAAUACGCUAAAUCUGGAUUG